AUGGAUGAUUAUGAUUAUAUUAUUGUCGGCGCAGGCAUUGGCGGUCUUGUCCUGGCCAACCGACUGAGCCAAGAUGCCUCUGUCAAUGUCCUCCUUAUUGAAGCAGGCGCCAAUCGUAUGGGAGAUCCCCGUAUUGACACUCCUGGCUUUUUGGGUACAAUGUAUGGCAAUCCGGACUUUGACUGGGAUUAUAUGAGCGUUCCGCAGGUCCAUGUAAACAACCGUCAAAUUGGCCAGCCUCGCGGUCGUGUCGUCGGCGGCUCCUCUGCCAUGAAUUUUUCAGUGGCCGUGUAUCCCACUGCAUCGAACUUUGAGAGCUGGAAGGCACUGGGGAAUGCAGGCUGGGGCGCGGAGGAUAUGGCGCCCUACCUUCGCAAAUUCCACACCUACACUCCACCCAGCGAGGCCACAGCAGAGCUCCUUGGUACCAAUCGCUACGUGAAGACUGAGAACCAAGGAUCUGAUGGGCCUGUCCCUGUGUCUCUGCCGGAUGUGUACGGGGAAUUCAACAAGGCAUGGGACGAGACAUUUGCGCAAUUAGGCUGGCAGACAGAUGCCGAUCCCAUCCAAGGCCAAAAGCUGGGUGCUUUUACCAGCCCGCUAACCCUUGAUGCGAAGACGGGCAAAAGAGGAUAUGCGGCGGCUUACUAUACCCCCGAGGUUGCGGCGCGGCCAAAUCUGCGACUGCUCACAGAGACAGCUGUUGAGCAUGUCCUUUUUGCCCAAGAAGAUGGAGAGGUCAUUGCAAGAGGCGUUCAGGUAAAGUCUCAGGACAAUUCAUACCAAAUCGCCGCCAAGAAAGAAGUGAUUCUCUGUGGAGGCAGCUUGAACACUCCUCAGUUGCUUGAACUCUCUGGCAUAGGAAGUGCAGACCUUCUCAAGAGCCACAAUAUCCCAGUUAUUAUUGACAACCCAGCAGUAGGCGAGAAUCUACAAGACCACGCUCUCUCUACUAUCAAUUUCGAGGUUGUGGAUAACCACGUCUCGGGUGAUAUCAUGCGUAAUCCAGAUGUCGUCCAGGCACUGAUCAAGCUAUAUGAAGAGACGCACGGUGGCCCCUUGUCAGGCAUGCCACUCAGCAUGGCCUAUCUUCCCUUCGUGGAUGGAAAGGGUGCUGUCCCCAAAGAGCAAAUUGACAACCUCCUCUCCACGCACCUUGACAACGACAAUCUCCCAGCCAACCUGCGAGUGCAAUAUAACCACCUCCGCGAGAUCCUUCUCCAGAAUGAUGACACUUCCUCACACUACCUCUACAUGCCCGUCCAGCUCCAGAUGAACGCCGACAAGACAACUCUCUCCGAUGUCUUGGCUAAAACCCUCCCAGGAAACUACAUCUCCAUCUUGGUCUUGAACAGCCACCCCUUCUCUCGGGGAUCAGUCCAUAUCUCCUCUGGAAAGAGUGAAGAUAAGCCGACCUACGAUCCCAACUUCCUCUCGCACCCUCUCGACCUCGAGAUUAUGGCAAGACAACUGCAGUUCCUGGACCGUAUCGUGGAGACUGCACCCUUCUCUACUCUCCUCAAGCCAGGAAAACGGAUGCCGGAACAAGCAAAGAACCUGAGCAAUCUGGACUACGCAAAGGAGAUCGUUAAGGAACGCUUGUUUACUUGCUUCCAUCCGGCGGGUUCGUGCGCCAUGUUACCAAAGGAGAGUGGAGGUGUGGUUGAUUCCGAGCUGAAGGUCUACGGCACGAAGAACUUGCGAGUUGUUGACGCAAGUAUCUUCCCUCUUGAACCGAGUGGGAAUAUUCAGGCUGCUGUGUAUGCAGUUGCGGAGAAGGCGGCCGACUUGAUCAGAGCUAGAAGCUAA